GCACAGGAUAUAAAGAGCAGGCGAGAGGGGUCACAUGAACACACUCAGCACCAGGACACAGCUCAACAGAGGGAAAACCCCCCAGUGGAUCUAUCGCCAGAAUGAAAAUCGCAGACAUCAAAAGAUCUCAAGGCUGCUACAGCUGCGUCGGGAGACGGACAGGAUGCGGGCGACCCACGUCGCGGCUCUUUGCCUGCUGGCCCUCGUGGCCUCUGCGGAGGACAGGAAGCUGAGCAGCCACGCCAUCGCGCUGGCCGACAACAGCGCCAACCUGGCCUUCAGCCUCUACCACAACAUGGCCAAGGCCAAGGAGACGGAGAACAUCCUCAUCUCCCCCGUCGUGGUGGCCUCCUCCCUGGGGAUGGUGGCGCUCGGCGGGAAGGCCUCCACCGCCUCCCAGGUCAAGGCCGUCCUGAGCGCGGACAGACUGCAGGACGAGCAUCUGCACGCGGGACUGUCUGAGCUGCUCUCCGAGGUGAGCGACGCCAAGACGCGCAACACCACCUGGAAGAUCAGCAGCCGCCUCUACGGCCCGAGCUCCGUCUCCUUCGCCGACGACUUUGUGAAGAGCAGCAAGCGGCACUACAACUACGACCACUCCAAGGUGAACAUCCGGGACAAGCGGAGCGCGGUGAACGCCAUCAACGAGUGGGCGGCCAAGUCGACGGGCGGCAAGCUGCCCGAGGUCACCAAGGACGUGCAGAACGCGGACGGCGCCACCAUCGUCAACGCCAUGUUCUUCAAGCCUCACUGGGAGGAGAAGUUUCACGAGAAAAUGGUGGACAGCCGCGCUUUCCUGGUCACGCGCUCGUUCACCGUGGCGGUUCCCAUGAUGCAUCGGACGGGUCUGUACGACUUCUACGAGGACAAGGAGAACCGCAUCUUCGUGCUGAGCAUGCCCCUGGGCCAGAAGCAGGCGUCCAUGGUCCUCAUCAUGCCCUACCACCUGGAGUCCCUGGAGCGCCUGGAGAAGCUCCUGACCCGGAAGCAGGUGGACACUUGGCUCGCCAGGGCGGAGAACAGAGCCGUGGCCAUCUCCCUUCCCAAGAUCUCGCUGGAGGUCAGCCACAAUCUGCAGAAACAACUGGCCGAGCUCGGCCUGACCGAGGCCGUGGACAAGGCCAAGGCCGACCUGUCCAACAUCUCGGGCAAGAAGGACCUCUACCUCUCCAACGUGUUCCACGCGUCCGCCCUGGAGCUGGACGUGGAGGGCAACCCGUACGACACGUCCAUCUUCGGCACGGAGAGGCUGAGGAACCCGCAGCUGUUCUACGUGGACCACCCCUUCGUCUUCCUGGUGAAGGACAACCGCACCAACUCCGUCCUCUACAUCGGCCGGGUGGUGAAGCCCAAGGGAGACAAGAUGCGCGACGAGCUAUAAUGUUGAUGUCUGCGUCGGCUUAGCGUUGUGAAAUUACGUCAGGAUUCUUGUGUUUGUGUGUGUGUGUGUGGGGUUUUUUUUUUUGUGUGUGUGUGUGUUGGGGCUGUUACCUCAUGAGCACAUUCCAAUAGACAAUCUGUGGACUGAAUAUCCGAGCUUGACUGUUUUUCAUCAAACCUUCCCAGGGAACGAUGGCGUCAUUCUGCCCGUAAACAAACAGCUGUUGGCAUCGCAGACAGCAUGCUUAUAUUAAGUAUGAUCUCUUUUUUCUUCACGCAUCCCACUUUUUUCUUCGCCAGUGUCGCCCCGGGGGGGCUGUUUAAAGAAGAUAAAAAGAUCUUUGCGCGCGCGCUUGUUUCGUUGCGCCCCACUCACUCCCCCUCCCUUCACUUCGCCCUCCUAGUCUGCUCUGCACUGAAGGUGGCGAAUAGUCUGACGCCUCUUUAUUAUUUAUGGUCGCCCCGCCAGACGCACACUGCGCCAUUUUGUUUCGUCUCGAGGCGUUCAUUUUCCACAGAGCAGCUGUUGGAGUUGUGGGAUUAUGAAAUACUGUGUUGUUUUUUCAAUAAAAAAAAAAGAAAGAAAGAAAAA